AUGAAAAUAUCAUCUCAUUCUCGUUCAGAGACAAUCUCUCCAUUGCGUCUUCUCCACUUCCGUCACAGGGUCAUUCAGGCAGCUUCAUAUCAGGUGUUGGUUUUCUCAGCAACUGCAAUGGCAGCCAUUGGAGGUCCAUUGAGGUCAAAACUAAGGCCUCGCCAUUACCAUGAUGGCAGGCCUAGAGGCUCCCUUUGGAGAGGAAAGAAAAUGAUUGGUAAAGAAGCUCUUUUUGUUAUUUUGGGGUUAAAAAGAGUCAAAGAUGAUGAAGAAAAACUAGACAAGUUUGUUAAAACUCAUGUUUCAAGGCUCUUAAAGAUGGACAUGGUUGCUGUUCUCAAUGAGCUUGAACGCCAGGAGGAAGUGGAUCUAGCUGUCAAGAUGUUUUGGGUGAUUCAAAAGCAAGAUUGGUAUCAGCCUGAUGUAUAUCUGUACAAAGACUUGAUAAUCUCAUUAUCUAAAUCUAAAAAGAUGGAUGAGGCCAUGAAGCUAUGGGAAAGCAUGAAGAAGGAAAAUUUAUUCCCUGAUUCUCAAACAUACACAGAAGUGAUUCGUGGGUUUUUGAGAUUUGGAUCUCCUGGAGAUGCAAUGAACAUCUAUGAGGAUAUGAAACAGUCUCCGGACCCACCAGAUGAGUUGCCAUUUAGAAUCCUACUCAAGGGGCUUCUCCCACAUCCCCUUUUGAGGAAUAAAGUCAAACAAGACUUUGAGGAGAUUUUUCCUGAUCAGAGUAUUUAUGAUCCCCCAGAAGAGAUAUUUGGAUUGCGUUAA